AUGGAGCUCCAUAUCCAACCUAUGCUCCAUUACAAACAGACUGAAGCUCCAGUUCCAUUAUGUGCCCUCGAGACUGAAGUUCCAGCUCUAUUAUAUACCAUAGAAACUGCAGUUCCAGCUCCAUUAUAUACUGAAGAGACUGAAUCUCCAGCUCCAUUAUAUAUCAUAGAGACUGAAGCUCCAGCUCCAUCACGUGCCCUAGAGACUGAAGCUCCAGCUCCAUCACGUGCCCUAGAGACUGAAGCAUCAGCUCCAUCACGUGCCCUAGAAACUGAAGCUCCAGCUUCAUUAUGUGCCCUAGAGACUAAAGUUUCAGCUCCAUUAUGUCAUCUCAAUGAGACUGAUCGAUGUCAAGGUGACAAUUCAAAUGACGGUCAAGCUUUACCUGAAGAUACAAUUAAAACCAGUUCUUCUUUUAGUUCAAUUUACUGUACACCAUCUUGCAGUACACCAUCUUGCAAUACACCAUAUUGCAGUACACCAUCUUACUGUGCACCAUCUUGCAGUACACCAUCUUACAGUACACCAUCUUGCAGUACACUAUCUUGCUGUAUACUAUCUUCCAGUACACCAUCUUGCAGUACAUCCACCAACUCUGCUGAGCAACAAUAUUUUCUCAUAUACCCAGAUACCGACGGUGUCCCACCGUUCUAUGCCCCGUGUUCCCUGGUACAACAUGUACCGGACAGUGCAGUACAUAUCGGUCUAACUCCAGUACAACACUCUGUUCCUCAAACUAGAAUUUUUCCGGAUCGCGGAUUAAACAAUUCUCUAAGAUGCAAGAAAUAUAGAAAAAUCAGAAAGGAGAGAGAAGAAUGGUUAAGGAGAGAGUUGGAAAAGGAAAAAAAGAGGAAUGAGUACCUUCUUAAGAAAAAACAGGCCCUGAGUAAAGAGCUGAAGCAUCAUGUGAAUAUGUUUAAAAAGAGCAGACUCUACAGAUGGAAGCAAGAUUAGUAGCGAUCAAAAGCGCUUAUUUUUCGCCCUAAGUAUUUUACCCCCUCUCAUUUUUCGCGAACACUCCUUUUAAGAGCUUGUGUCCCUGUUGACAUUGAUAGCUGACGAGUUGCACUUGGAUUGAUACAUUUCUGAAAGCAGUUUUACGAGUACGGUAUUUAGUACAAAUGUAGUUUUAAAAAGAGUUCCAGGGCCCAAAUGUGUGACUCAUCCAGCCAGACGCUUCAUUUUAUACUUCAGUCUUCAAUCAGUUCAGUUCAGUUCCUAACUUCUGCAUUAAAUACUAAAAGUAUACACAUAUAUGUGACACAGUGUAAACGUUUUCCCUAAAGUUACCUCUUGUCCGUGGUUGAAUAUAUCACACAAAUUUUAACACUGUAUUUGAAUCUUAUAGCCAUAAAUUACACUAAAGGAACUGAAUACUCACUAAACAGAAUUCUAAACAAUAUAUAUUUGCAACCUGAUGGCGUAAACCUUUUUAAACUGUUAAUUUUGUUAGACCAAAUAUUCUAUGUUUUAAAUAUUGAAGGUGGCGAGAUUUCAGUUCCUUUCUUGUUUAAAAAGUUGAGAGUUUUAAAAAUGUUUAGAAACCCUGUGAUGAAGAAUGAUCCAUGUGUGAAGAAGAUAAUUGAUCAAGCAAACUUGAUUUCACGCAAAUAACAAUACUGUAAAUAUUUUUAUUCAAUUUUGAGUGAAUUGAAUUUUUGCAAAUUAUCUUUUUUCCAUCUCAUGAUCUUAGUUC